AUGUUUAGGGAAGUUGUUAUAUACAGUAUGAAAAUGAGUCACGUUCCUAAAAUGGGUGCUAAUAUUUUCCGUAGAUUUCACUCUAGUCAUAAGAAACGAGCUAUUGUGCCACGGUCAAAUAAACUUGGUUCAGCAAGACACCUAGAUGCGCCUUUAGCAGUCCUGUCAGAUCUCGAGCAUCAACAGACCCGCACUAAGAAUCAAGAUCAUGGCGCCAAUGCUGAGGAUGUGCUUUUUGAUAUGUUCAAAAAUGAAGAGACCGAUUUAUUGUCUGUGGGAAAAUUUUUGGCUGCAUUACGAACAACCGGGUUAAGAAAAAAUGACCCACGACUUCAAGAACUUACAGAUAAUUUGAAAGCUGAGCAUUUAAAAACUGGUGGUACUGAAGGUGUUUCUCAUGAAACACAAAAACUUAAUCCUAAAGAGAUUGUAACACCAAAUAUUGCAUUAAUAUCACGAGCAUUCCGACACCAGUUUGUAAUCCCCGACUGGGCCGGUUUAACAAAGCACAUAGAAGACUUUUAUUGGAAGUGCAAGACCAACACCGAGGGGAAAGUGGCCUCGUACAUACCUCAACUAGCCAGGAUGAACCCAGAAUAUUGGGGGGUCUCGGUGUGCACCAUUGACGGGCAGCGGUUCAGCAUCGGUGACACCACCGUUCCUUUCACUCUACAAAGUUGUAGUAAACCCCUGACCUAUGCCAUUGCACUGGAAAGUUUGGGUCCUCAAGUUGUCCAUCAGUACGUUGGUCAAGAGCCCUCGGGUCGGAAUUUCAACGAACUCGUUCUGGAUCACAAUAAGAAGCCUCACAACCCGAUGAUAAAUGCCGGCGCUAUUCUCAUCUGCUCUCUACUGAAAAGUCUCAUAAAGCCCGAGAUGACUUUGGCCGAGAAGUUUGACUUUACCAUGAAUUGCUUCAAGAAGCUGGCAGGCGGGGAGAAUCUCGGCUUUAACAACGCUGUUUUUCUGUCUGAGCGUGAAGCCGCUGACAGAAACUACGCACUGGGUUUCUACAUGCGGGAACAUGGUUGUUAUCCAGACAAAAGUAAUCUCAGAGAUAUAAUGGACUUUUAUUUCCAAUGCUGUGCUAUGGAGUCCAAUUGCGACGCUAUGUCCGUGAUGGCUGCUACCCUCGCCAACGGAGGUAUCUGUCCGAUUACUGAGGAGAAAGUUCUAAAGCCCGAGAGUGUUAGAGAUGUACUUAGUCUUAUGCAUAGUUGCGGGAUGUAUGAUUACAGUGGCCAGUUUGCUUUCAGAGUAGGAAUACCAGCAAAAUCAGGAGUAUCCGGCAGCUUGCUAGUAGUGAUCCCCAACGUAAUGGGGAUUUGUACCUGGUCUCCACCCCUGGACUCUCUUGGAAACUCUUGUCGAGGGGUUCAGUUUUGCGAGGAGCUCGUCAACGAGUUUAAUUUCCACAGAUACGACAAUUUGAAGCACGCUACCAACAAAAAAGACCCUCGUAGGCACAAAUACGAGACCAAGGGACUGUCAAUUGUAAACUUACUGUUCAGUGCAGCCAAUGGCGACGUUACUGCUAUGCGAAGGCACCGUCUCAGCGGAAUGGAUAUGACACUAUCAGAUUACGACGGCAGAACAGCUUUACAUUUAGCGGCGAGCGAAGGCCAUCUCGACUGCGUUGAAUUUUUGAUCGAACAGUGCGGAGUUCCUCAUGAUCCCAAGGACAGGUGGGGCAAUCGGCCUAUCGACGAAGCUGAGACCUUCGGUCAUACCCAGGUCGUCGAGUACCUCAGAAACUACGCCUUGACAUCCAAAACCGAACAGUCUGAAGAUCCUGAAAAAACAAAUAACAAUAAUCAGAAUAAUAACAACAACAACAACAAUGAUAAUAGUAAUCAUAAUUCAAACAAUUCUAACUCAAAUCCGAUUGAGACUGAUAAUGCCAAUGGAAAAUCCCCGCUUCCUUAA